GCGAGUGAGAGGGCGUCUAAAAAGAGGUCCUUUUUCGUGGUGACGUGUGUACUUUACUUUGACAGCGAUAUGUGAAAGUAAACGAUAACGAAAGAAUUAAAACACCUCGUAGCUAUUGAUUAAGAGGUUUUUACUUUGAAAUUGGUGGCGUCACUGAAGAUGGAGACGCUUUACCAUCAGACCAAUAAACAAAUCCAGGAGGUUCAGUCUCAAUUGGGACGACUGGAGACAACAGAUCGACAGUCAGUCCACUUAUUUGAGAAUGAACUACAAGCCAGAAUUGAUCAGAUCUUUAACCAGCUGGAGCGACUGGAGAUUCUAGCCUGCAAAGAACCACCAAAUCGGCGCCAAAAUGCCAAAUUGCGUGUUGAUCAGUUGAAGUAUGAUGUGCAGCAUCUACAGACAGCCCUGAGGAACUUCCAGCACAGACGCUAUGCACGUGAGGCACAGGAGAGAGAGAGAGAGGAGCUUUUGAGUCGAAGUUUCACAACAAAUGAUGCCGACACCUCCAUCCCCAUUGAUGAGACCCUGCAGUUUAAUACCAAUCUACACAAUGCUCACAGAGGAAUGGAUGACCUUCUGGGCUCAGGCUCCAGUAUCCUUGACGGCCUGAGAGAUCAAAGAAGCACCCUCAAGGGUACCCAUAAGAAGAUGUUGGAUGUCGCAAACAUGUUGGGCUUGUCUAACACCGUUAUGCGUUUGAUUGAAAAACGAGCAUCGCAGGACAAGUUCAUCAUGAUUGCUGGAAUGCUGGCUUCUUGUUUUGUCAUGUUCCUAGUGGUUAAAUACCUCAGCUGAACUUUCUGACCUUUAGCCGACCUACUACCUUGGUGGAGCCCAUCAGUGGCACAUUCCAUUUCUCAUGGACCUUAUUGUGAAAAUUCAUUGUUAAUUAUAAACAAAUCCAUUUCUAACAUA